CUCCGUACACUCAACACCACCCACCACCACUACUACUACCCUGCUUGCCACCCCCUUCCACCACCCUGCCGCCCUGCUACGCCAUUCAUCGCCCAAGACGCUCCGGUCAUCUCGUUGGGUGGUGACAUAAUAGUCAUGUCUCAGACGGAUGUGAAGAGCACAGGCAGUGGAGACCAGACUUUGUUGCCAGGGAUGGUGAGACAAGCCACUAUGGGGCCGAUGGGCGCUGCUGCUCGAGACCACCACAAUACCAUCAACUUGGAGGGCGCGGACGAGAAUGACAGUGGUAUCGGUGUGUGCGGGUGGAUCCUGACGGGGCUGUCAUGGGUGUUGGUUCUGGCUACUAUGCCCUUCUCCUUCUUCGUCUGUUUCAAGGUGGUACAGGAGUAUGAACGAGCAGUCAUCUUCAGGCUGGGGCGACUGUUACAGGGAGGCUCCAGAGGUCCAGGAAUCUUCUUCAUCUUGCCAUGCAUUGAGUCCUACUCAAAAGUAGACUUGAGGACCAGUGUAUUUGACGUUCCGCCCCAAGAGGUACUGACGAAGGACUCGGUGACGGUGAGUGUGGACGCCGUCGUGUACUACCGGGUGAGCAACGCGACAGUAAGCGUGGCCAACGUGGAAAACGCCCACCACUCCACGCGGCUCCUAGCACAGACUACGCUGAGAAACAUGCUAGGCACCAAGAACCUGCACGAGAUACUAGGAGACAGGGAAUCUAUCUCCAGUGACAUGCAGAACGCGCUGGACGACGCCACCGACAACUGGGGUAUCAAGGUAGAGCGGGUCGAGAUAAAAGAUGUCCGGCUACCCGUACAGCUACAGCGAGCUAUGGCGGCAGAAGCUGAGGCUGCGAGGGAGGCCAGAGCUAAGGUGAUCGCUGCUGAAGGAGAACAGAAGUCGUCCCGAGCCCUGAAAGAGGCCGCUGAGGUCCUCUCCCUCGCUCCAGCAGCACUCCAGCUUCGGUACCUCCAGACGCUAAACACAAUUUCUGCAGAGAAAAAUUCGACCAUCAUCUUUCCCCUGCCGAUCGACUUUCUACAGCACUUCAUGGGCAACAACAGGGAGUGACCACCACCACCAACCCUCAACAUGUGUUCCCUGAAUGCCUCUUUCUGAAACAUUUUUUAUACAUCUGCUAUAAAUAAAGCUCAUAGACUGUUGCCUAUACAGUAGUGAGGUAGAGUAUAGUUCAUAAAAAGAUAUAUUACAUGAUGACUAACACUAGAUUUGUGUUGCGGGAAUGGACGGACUAGUGAAGUUUGUUAGAUAUCUGGUGAGAGUGAGUCUGGAAACAUGACUGUAUAAUAAUGCCAGUGAAGCAUUAGUUUAUUUAUACAAUGGAACACUGGCCUAAAUUUUUACUGAGCCCCAUCGUUUCCUUUUCUUUCCUUCAAUCCAAACACUAUUUAAUUCCUAAAUUCCUUACCCUAAGCAAAUUUUUGCAGUAUGUAACAUUUAUUGGUUGUAAAGAUUUUGGCCAUUAUGAUUUUAAAUAAAUCAAGGAAUCAAGGUCGAGUUCCAGUUGUCACGUACCAUAAAAUAAACUCCUGCGGCGUGUUUGGUAUGGUCCCUCCUACUAUAUCUUCAUAGAAAACUUAUUUCUUCUGAACCUAUAGGGGGAAACUUCUUCAUUUGAGCGGAAAAAAUCAUAACACUGUGAUUUAUACUUUUUUCAUUUCACAUUUGGAUCAUAUAUGGAGAAUGUGGAUUGCGUCUCACCCAAGUAUCUUUUUAUAGCUGGAUAAGUCGGAGAAUAUCAUCAAUUACUUUAAAUCGUAAACACUUUCCCGCGAUGUGUUGUUCAUAGUAUAAUCACCAAACACUUGUACAAGAUGUACAUAUGCAUAUAAGAAUCCCAUCCAGUUAGUUAUAUAUUAUAGUCUAUCAUGUGAAAUAUAAGUUGAACAUUCUGAGAUGAAAUAGUACAAAUGUAACUUCCAUUUCUACUGUACAUGCACAUUAGAUAAUGGCUGAAUUGUAAUUUCAGAAUUUUGUUUCAAUUACUGAUAACUGUCAUAAUGACCUUCAUCAAAGGCUAAUUUAGUAAUAAUUUUAUCUUCAAUAGUAAUUAUUUUACUAUGAUUUUUUUCCCAUUUGAAAUUGUAACUGAAAACAUUUUCAUUGCCACUAUACUCUGGAACUAGAUGGGAGAUCAUUAUGAGAAGGUAAAUCUUGCUAGUAAACUUAUUGGAUUGCUAAGAAGAUCUGAGUACCCAGGUGAUCGUCUAGGGAACGUCCACAGAAGUGACACCAAAGUGGUAUUGGUACUCAAAUACCUUCAUUACCAGGAGAGCCUAUAUCGUUUACAGUUAACCAGGUUUUACUUCUAGAAGAGCUAAAAAUUACUUACAAUUGCAUAACCACUCAAUGGUCAAUGUGCCCUUCAGUGUGCAUAUUUAUAAAUUAACUAACGGCUGCUCUAGGUCACAGCUUCAAGUUACAGAAGCUACCAAAACGGAAAACUGUAAGUUGACUUCUUUUGGAGUAAAAGUUGUGAACAAGUGGAGUAAUCUGACCAAUACUGGCACAUGUUCAAAUGUAUUCAAAAACAUGUAAAUGUCCAGUUACUGUCAACAUUCAGUAAGCAGUAAAGUGACGAACAGGAUAACGUGGGGUUGAGAUCGUAUGAAAAGGCACUACACUAAUAAAAGUUUUGUAUCGAAUUGCGAAUUAAAGUAAGAUUAUCUUAAUCAGUGUUCAGAAUUUUGUAAAGCUGUCUUAAAAAAAAAGUAUAUGAAGUUAGAAAAAACUGUAGGCCAUGUAUGUUGGGGACUUGUAGACAAUAAACAUCAGCAGAGGAAACAAACAAACAUACUGGAUUUUCCCUAUAGCAGUUAUACUAUUUGAUGGUGUUUGAAUUAUUGUCCACACUGUAUUAGAUACAGGGCAUUGCUAUUUUUGUAUCCCUUUCUCACUCGUGAAAUUUUAAUACAGAAAGUCAGUUUCCUAAUUUUAUCGAAUUAAGCUACAUGUUCUGGAACACCUUGUUGUGUAUCUUUAAUGGAUUUUUAGGAUUGUUGAAAUUUGUUCUCAUAAAUUUUCCCAUUUUACAUGAUUAUUAAGCUCGUCGUGGAUAUUCUUUGGGGUAAAAGUGUAGGUUACAGCAACCAAAGAAUCUGAUAAAAAAAAUGUGUUACCUAACCUAACCUAACCUAAUGUAAUAUAAGAAAAUGAUCAUAGAAAAAAUAGUUCUAUUGAUUGAGUGGAGUGAAUUUCCGGAAUUCUGUGGUUGCUCUUUACUGCAAUAUUACCUUCUUUUGUCACUGAUAUGUUUAUUUUGUGUUUAAGUCCGUAUUAUUUCCACCAUACAAUUCCUCCAGUUGUACACCGUAAAGUUUAGCCUUCAGUUCACGACCCAAUUUACUUCUAUAGCUUUUCAGUAGCCAAUUUCCGUUGUGAUCAAGUCGUAUAUUAUUGAGUGAACAUCACCAUCAAAUAUAUUUCGUUCCAAUGUCUGUUUCUUGGUUGAGACCAUUCAUAAAAACAUAUACGUAUUUGUUUUUCUUCCGAAAGAUAUAUUACUUACUGCCGCUUGUCAUUCUUGUGAUGUGUUAAUAUGUACGAGUAUACAGUACAACACUUCGCCCCAUUCAUUGGAUAGCUACACCUGCUUAGUCUCAUUGCACUCUUGUAAAUAUGCAGUAAUCACUUUUUGUUUGUCGAUUUUUAUUCCAUACUUCUCCAGUUCCCCUUAAUAUUUAUAUUUAUGUAUUUACUUCAGUUCGUGGUGAACAUUAGACACUGAACAUUUCACCACAUUGAGUGUAUUUGUUCAGUCUCAUUGGUAGAAUAUACCCACAUAAAAAAGUUUAAAUUUUCUGAAAAAAUUUCAAGAUUAGGCCAGUUUUUGGAAAGAAAAGUGUUUUUUGCUACACAAGUGGUACAUUAAUAAGCAAGAAAACUUUACUUUGCAUGCUCCAGUCCACAUGCUCUUUGAAGCUCCCCCUUAGGUUCCUUUGUCCUGUUUUCUUGUGACUUCCAACUCUGGUUCUCAUUUUGACCAGUUCUUGUAAAUAUGUUUAUCAACGAAGGUAGAUUUUAGAGUAUCAUAAUUAUAUCACAUUGUGAAAAAAUAUUUGAAAUCUACAGUUGCCUCAGUUAAAGGGCUCAGUUAUGGCAUUGCCUACAUCUGGUAUAAAUUUCAAAUGAAACAGAAUUAUAUAUAUAUAUA